ACUUCACCUUGGUGUUACGCCUGGUAGCGAUUAAAACACGCCAAAUCUCUAAACGACACUGAAGCAAUAAGGUCUCAAUACUGAAUUUUGUUCUUCUGCGGCCUGUGCUACUGCCUGCGCUUGGAUCUUCAAUCCUACUGAAUUCGCGAAUCAACUUAUUGUAGCACUAAUGGAAGACACGACGGCUCUACCGAUAAUAACGAGAACUGCUUACAUACGAACCAUUAUCGACAAAGACAAAGAAAGAGAAUAUUACGAGAGCUGUUGGGCCAAUCUCAGAAUGCUUCUAUGGUCAUGGGUCGGUCAGAAAGUUCAUAAUGAUCCUGCUGGAACUGGUGCUCGACGACUUCGCAGCUCACCUCCAUCUGGUAUCCGACACCACUACAUCAUCGGCCAUUCCAAUCCUUUCGACAAUUUUAUACUUGAAUGGCUUUUGGAGAACUCCAGGCCUGACAGUUGGAGGAUGACUCGCGAUGACUUUGAAGUUUACCUUUCUGAGGCGCAGAUGAAGGACCCAACAAACCGAGAACUUCUUCAAAAGCUUGAACAAGAGCGGGUGAAGAUCACCGUAGUCGACUCAUCCAUCCCGACCGAAUUUGAGACAAAAGACGUAUGUGAUGGAGUGAUGCUCACUAAAAGCGAUUACGUUCUCGAGACAUCUCUCGAAAGAGGUUCAAGCUGUUGGAUAACAACAGACGUACUUUACCGAGACUCUCUUCGCCACGGCCAUCCCCAACGUUACAACACCGAAGAACUUGCAAAGAGAUACUACGAUAACAGACUCAAGAACAAAAUGGGCCAUACGCAGCGAUCAUGUUCAUAUCCUCACGGCAAAUCCGACGCCUGGAAAUUUGAUCACGCAGAGGAUUGGAAGAACUACGCAUGCAAAUCUUGCGGACAGAGAUGUAAGCGCAGUAAAGGCUGCAAGAUCACAGGUGAAGAUUGGGCAAAGAGGAAAGAUGUUAUAGCGUGGGAUGAAGGGGUUGAUACCUCGGCGCCGAGACCGCCCGAGUUUGAAAGGGAUUGGAGGAUGUUGACGGCGGAGGACAUAUGUAACUACUGGGGGACUGAUCCGAUGUCUUAUGAGAGGUUUAGGAAUUGGAAGUGGAAGUCUGUUGACACGUUCACGGGUGAAUGAGGUCAUGCGUCGAAUACGCUUAGAUUGUUUUCAUCUAUCAACAAACUACUCCUCAUAACUCAUCACGUCAUUUUCUAAUCAACUCAACUUUGCGAGAUAAAUUUCUAGAUCUC